CGGCGUUUUUGAUUUGACAUAUUUAUGUGUAAAAUAUAGUUUAGUUGUUUUUUGUUAAAAUUUUGUAAAAUAUUCAUGGUUUUAUCUAUAAAUUACUUUAUUACUUAUAUUAUAGAAACGAAGCAAUUAAUCUUCACAUAAGCUGCAAUGGAGUCUUUAGUGGAAGUCAACACGGCUCAAUUAGUAUUAGGAUAUCUAAAGGUCCAAAAAUGCAAAACAGCAUACAAAGAGUUCCUGAAAACAUCAUCAGCUUUAAGAAACUUACAGGAGAAAACAGGAGGAAGAAGAUAUAUUCCUACCAGAUUUCUGGGACUAACCCUGCAGGAAAUGGUAACUGAACAUUCUGAAAUAUCUCAACUAAUUCAAGGAAGAUUGGAAAACACCAACUAUUACAAUGAACAUAGAUCAAAAUCGCUCAAACUUUCGGAACAACUCCUGUACCUAUUGACCACCAAAGUUCCUUCGAGUAGGGCUUCAACACCUAGCAUCAGCUACUAUGGUUCCCAAAUAGAUUAUAUGAGUCCGGCCCACAUUGAUGUAGAAACUACUCCAGUGGAUACUCUCCCUGGAAAUAGCGAUCAUGAUCAUACUUUUGUAGAAUCACCUAGAAGGAAAAAAGUUCUAAAUGGAAGAAGUAGAAGUUCCUCAGAAGAUUCACCAAAUGGCAAAAGAGGUGUUGAUAUAAUUGAUACGGCAACGCUGGCACAAAAUCUAAUGGACAAUACUGUGUUCCAAGAGAAAAUAGCACAGACAAUUAAUAAAGUAGUGGAAAAACAAAAGAAAACAACUGAAGCUGAUGAACUGAACCAGACUGUCAAAUCAGCAGUUGAAGUUGCUGAAGCAGAUCCCCUCUUUGACGAGCUUUUGCGAGAGAUACUAGACACAACUAAUAAUGCAGGCCAUAACAGUAAAGUUUCUGAACCAACCAGUUCUGGAAUCAGCACCAAAAAGAAAGACGCAACUGACACUAACGCAAAUGCAAAAGAAGUAGAAGAACGGAUUGCAGAUGAACAACCAAUCUCGGAACCCAACAAUCCUCCCACUCAAAUACCAGAUAACUCACAAAUGAAUAUACCACAAAUGAAUGAUAACCCACAAAUGCCGAUCGUUACAUUCAACAAUCCCGUAGACGGUUACCUUAUAACAAAUCAGACAAGUGCGGCUUCGGUAGCAUCCUGUAUGACCAAUCCCAUGUAUAUAAAUACUCUCUCGGGUGCCUACAUUUUACCUACAAUUACACCAACGAUCAGGAUACUGAGUAAUACCACCAUACCACCCGUAAUAACACCACCCGUAAUAACACCACCAGUUUUGACGGAACCGGACAUCAUGUCAAUGCCAAUUAUAAUAGACAACAAAUCACCUAAAAAAGAACAAGGUAGAAAAAAAGUUAAAGUUUUAUUACCACAACGGGAUCCAACAGGCAUUCAAGAUUAUUUCAAAAAUUAUAAUCCUGCUGACCCUGGAAUAUGCCAAACAGAUCCCCCCACAAACAUGCCUACGAUUAGUAACCCUACGGAGAGACCUGGUUUAAAACGAGUCAUGUAUCCCAUAACUUCUAGAAAGUCCAGCAAAAAGGCAGAUACAAUUCCAAAAGAAAAUGUGGAGCACACUCAUAAAUCUAAUGUAGACCCUGGUAGCAAUAAUGUUGAGAACAGUGCCCAGGAUGUAGGCGAAGUAACCAAUUCCCCCGAAAAAAUAAAUACUCCGGUACCUAGGGAACCUCUAAAAAAGUCAACACCAAAAAGUGCAUCUCAUGUACGUAAUUUAGAUUUUUCUUCGCCCCCUGUAACAAACAAACAAAGGCCAAGUUCUCCCUCGAAAUCUGUGCCAAGCCAAAAGACUCAGGCCACCAAAGAUCUUUUCAAAACAACAGAAACGUCUGAGAAGGGUCAGGCGGCUAAAGAUCUUUGUCCCACAACAGAAACAGCCCAGAAGAAACAGACCCUCAAAGAUAAUCUUAAACCAACAAAAUCAAAAACUGACACUCAAACUUGGGAUUCUGCCUUGAGGGCUACAGUACCCGAAAAACUAGAUAAAACUCCGGUAAGACGUGGACGUAGAAAGGGGAAAAAGGUAGUAAAAAAGGCAAAACUUAAUUCGACAACAGAAGAAGAAGCCUUACAGUUAGAACAAGCUAUUAAAACACCGGUAAAAAAAACCGGUGAAACUGAAAUACUCGAAGAAAAUAAUGAAAAUGAAUUAGAGACAAUAGAAAAUCAAAAUAUUUUGAAUACUCAAGUUAAAACAAUUUUAUCGCCUUCCAAACUUAAUAAUACGACUAAAAAUAUAUUGGAACCUAAUAAAACGGAUGUUACAAAAUAUGUUACACCAGAAAAUAACAAACCGACUACUUCUUGGCCGAUUAAAGCUAACAGAAAUAUAAUGCCUAUGUUAGAGACACCUGUAAAAGUAUCUUUGCCAACAACUCCAGGUAUAUCAACUCCUUUAGAUAUCAAUUUCAGUGUUAUGAGUAGUACUAGUACUCCUUUUACUAAAAUGCUGGAAGCUAAUCUUGACAUGAAGGGACUUGAUAUUGGAUCAAUACCAACGCCUUUACCUAUAACACCUGGCAUGCCUCCUUUCACUCCGUCAAUGGAUUUAUGUUCGCCUUAUUCAAACAGACCUACCGAUUAUUCCACAGGCAGUUCGUAUUACCAACCUUCUGAUAAUGAACAAAAUAAAAAUCUAGAAGCUCAUUUAAGGGAGAUGGAAAAAGCAUCUACGCAAGAAACUGCUAAACCUCUCGACCAUUUACAAAUGUUUAAUAAAAACGUAAUAGGUAAGAAAAAUCUUAGUUUAAUGAAAAAGAAUUUCGACUCAGACUCAUCUACAAAUAGUACUCGUACCGAAGAUGAUGCCGAAAAAACUUCUGUGUCUGAUUCUGACUGUGAUGAUACCGUUAUAUUCAAAAAGGCUGUUAGUACGGUAAGUCCUACAAAGAGAUAUUCCUUAAGAAGUAGAGCUUCAGUGGACAAAUCAAUAUCUCCGAAGAAAACACCUGUCAGGAAAAAAACUGCUAAAACGCCAGUGAAGAAGGAGAAGAAGACUGUUUCCAAAGGAAAGAAAAUUGCUAACACUGGUCAAGAUUUAGAAACAGCAACAAAGGUUGAGGAGGUCAAAACUGUAUUACAUGAGUUAAAACCAGGUACUGCCAUGAAAGGAAUGACAACAUCGCAGACGUCAGUUUUGGAAGAUUUGGCGAGGAAACGUCAGCGAGUAGCAGAUUCUUUAAAACCGAAGGUUGAACCUUUAAAAACCAAAAAACCACCAACGAGUAAAUUUAAAAUAAAACCAAUAGAUUAUACGUCCAAGACGCAACGCAAAAAUGAAUCUCCUAGAAAAAGAAAAAAAAUGAAGGAGCUCCGGACAGUUUUGAGUGAUUUAAUCACCAGCGAUGACUCGGACUUUAAUUUACAGCUAUCCUCAAGCGAUGAUGAAAAGGAGAUUCCGAAGGAAAACAAAAAUUUAAAUAUCGAUAAGGCUGAUAACACAGCAUCAGAUGUCGAAGCGCAAAAUUUGAUCAAAGGGUUGAAAGAACGAGGGAUUCAUCUAAUGAAAAACAAGAGCCCCAUAAAGAAAAAUGUUGAUGGGGAAGACAAAGAGUUUGUGAAUACCAGUGCAGCUCAUUUAGACACUGUGGAUAGAGAUUCAUUUGAUGUGAAAAAAUCAGAAAGUUUUAGUGUAAUACACAUGGUCCAUGACGAAGACUAUAAACCAAAGAGUAAUCAAGUUAUGUCACAGAAUGAGCACAAAGUCGAGUAUAUAGGACGGCUCUAUUUGGAAUCUAUAGGAGCUGAGGUUAAUGUCCAUCUAAAACAAACUGAGCUGUGUACAUUAUUUGAGAUGGACCCUAAAACAGUAUCGACAAAUACUACUAAACGUGACAUAGACAGCGGACUUAAAUCAGAAUCGAAUAACCCUGCAAACAAAGAACAAAUGAUUGACGUAAAAGUAUUGCCAAAAAAUACAGUCAAUAAAAAUACAAACAUUAACGAAAAUUCACAAAUUCUGACAAUAGAUCCUAUGACAGUUUGUGAAACCGUACUAACAGAGAAAUCCUCAAAACCAAAGAAAAAGGUGGUUAAAGAACUGACAAAUAAAAAGGAAUUGAAUAAAAGGAAUUCAACAGAAACGAAAGAAACUGAUGUGGAUAGUAAAACUAAAGUUGUAGAUAGUAAAAAAAUCACAGAGAAAGUCACAAAACAAGGAUCUGGAUCCAACCGAGAAGUGAUAUCCAUUGAAAGGAAUGAUGACACACCAAAGAAAAUUGUUCAGAAGAAAAGUGAUGAAAUAGAUAGCAGUAAAACGAAAGCUACGAAUCUGGAAAAGCCACAUACACAUCCAGCUGACGCAAAAUCUAGUACACAAAAAAAUGUUGUAGAUGAAAUCAACGAAAUCAACGAAUAUCUCAAAAUGAGUAAAAACAAACCAGCUAAAGAAAAAUCUAUACAUGCAUCUAAUUCCGAUAAGGAUUCACUCAAAAUACAAGAAGAUACAAAAAAACGAAAAAGAUAUUUUGACGAUCCCGAUGAAAUAGUGAAAGAAGUCAUUUCAAAGAGACGCUGUAGUGUAGAAACCAAAGAAAUUGUUAAAGUUGUGAAGAGCUCAAACCUUAAAGACGAAAAAAUAACUAAAUCCACAGAAGAAAAGCAAUCAGUUGACGUAGUCAAUGAAAAGAAAAUGAGAGUCGAAAAGAGAUCCAAGGAUGCCCCGGAACUAGAUAGUAAACACGUAAAACAAAAUUCCAAAGAAAAGGGAACUGACAACGUUGCUAAUGCCACAGAAGGUAGAAAAACAACAGAGAAAAAUCAACCAGAUAAGCAAUCACUUAAAACAAACCCAGAAACAGAAACCCAGUCUGAGGAAACUAGUGAAGUCGUUGAAAAGAAAACCAAAAGGAAAGCAGAAGAUAAAUUAGUGAAUAAGGCAAAACACGCAAAGAGAUUAGUACAACAAAAAUUAAAUAUACCAAGAGUGGCAAAAAGCAAAAGUGAUGAGGACUUGAAAGUUAAAAUAAACCUUGACAAUAUUGAUAUUAAAAUUAAGUCUAAAGUGGAAGAUAAAGCUGGAACUUCUGGAAAUAUCUCAAACAGAAAAGACUCGACGUGUGAUACAAGUGUUAAUGACGAUCUUAUGAAUUUUGCUGCUACAGGAAAGGAUGAUGAUGCAACCACAAGUUCUGAAAGGAAUACAAAGACGAGGAAGUUAUUUCAUGAAGACUUGACACAAAAUCCACAUGAGACGUUAAUUAAAAGAGUUGACAUAGACACUUUUUUAAAUAGUAUUCACAACCCAACACAUAAGAAAACACAUAACACAUAAGAAAAAACGGAUGGAGGUCAUAUUUAUAUUGUACAGUAUUUAAACAAGUGAUUUUUAUUUUUAUAAAUCUUACAAUGUACAAAUUGUUUUAUGUUAUAUAUACUCGUUUUUACGUGUAAAUUUAAGUUUGUUUUUGUAAUAAACAUACCAUGUAGGUAUUUAUACUUUA